AUGGAGUCAGUUACUGAAAAAUCAAAUGAUUCUGGAAAGAUCCAAGGAUCAAAUGACGACCCAUUCAUCAUCCACCACUCUGAUAAUCCAACGGCAAUACUAGUUUCUCCACUUCUUUCUGGAGACAAUUAUGGGACAUGGUGUCGUGCCAUGACCAUGGCACUUCGUGCGAAAAAUAAAUUUGGGUUUGUGGAUGGCUCAAUUCAAACACCCACAAGUACUAGUGACUUGCAUCACUGGGAGCGAUGCAACAACUUGGUUAGUUCUUGGAUACUCAACUCCACGGACGCUGAAAUCCGUGCAAGCAUGCUCUAUGCCGACACUGCCAAAGAGAUUUGGCUUGAUCUUCGUGACAGAUUCAUUCAGACAAAUGCACCAAAGGUGUAUCAAUUGAAGCAAUCCAUUGAUUCUUGUACACAAGGUGAUUCCUCUGUUUCUACUUAUUUUACAAAGUUAAAAGGCUUUAUGGGAUGA